CAAUAACAUGUCCACCAAAUAUGGUAUUUUCUACAUGCACAAGCGCCUGCCCACCAAAAUGUUCUAUUGAAAAUGGAAAACCUCAACCUUGCAUUUUAAUGUGUCGUCCUGCAGGAUGUGAAUGUCGUGCUCCAUUUGCUUUAAAUGAUCAAGGUGAUUGUAUACCUCAAAAAGAAUGUCCAACAUAUAAAACUACAACAACAAAACCAGCUCCAAUAUCAUGUCCCAAAAAUAUGGUUUAUAGAGAAUGCACAAGCGGAUGCCCACCAAAAUGUUCUGAAAACGAUGAAGAUUAUAAACCUUGCUUUUUAAUGUGUUAUCCUCCAGGAUGCGAAUGUGAAGAACCAUUUGCUCUUAAUGAUAAAGGCGAAUGUAUUCCACGUGAAGAAUGUCCACAAUAUAAUGCCACAACAACAAGAAAACCAGCUCCAAUAUCAUGUCCGAAAAAUAUGGUUUAUAAUAAUUGCCCAAGCCCAUGCCAACCAAAAUGUGAUGACAUAGAUCCAGGAUUUGUUAUUUGCCCUAAAAAAUGUCUUAAACCAGGAUGUGAAUGCCGAGAUCCAUUUCUUCUUAAUGAUAAAGGUGAAUGUGUUACAAUUGAAGAAUGUCCAGGGUAUGUAGGCACACCAACUACAAGUCCAGCUCCAAUAUCAUGUCCAGCAAAUAUGGUUUAUGUUACAUGCAGAAGCGCAUGCCCACCAAAAUGUUCUGUAGAAAAUGGAAAACUUCAACCUUGUAUUAAAAUAUGUCGUUCUCCAGGAUGUGAAUGUCAAGAACCAUUCGCUCUUAAUGAUCAAGGUGAAUGUAUUCCACGUGAAGAAUGUCCAACAAAUAAUACAACAACAACUACAAGUCCAGCUCCGAUAUCAUGUCCAGCAAAUAUGGUUUAUACUACAUGCAGAAGCGCAUGCCCACCAAGAUGUGCAAUCGAAAAUGGAGUACCUCAACCUUGUGUUUAUAAAUGCCUUUCACCAGGAUGUGAAUGCCGUGCUCCAUUUGCUUUUAAUGAUAAAGGUGAAUGUAUACCACGUAGAGAAUGCCCAAUUAUACCAAAAUGCCCAAAAAAUAUGUUUUAUUCUACUUGCACAAGCUCAUGCCCACCAAGAUGCUCUAUCGCCAAUGGAAAACCUCAACCUUGUGUCUUCAAAUGUAAUGCUCCAGGAUGUGAAUGUCUACCACCAUUUGCUCUUAAUGAUGAAGGAGAAUGUAUACCACGUAGCAAAUGCCCAGUUACACCAACAUGUCCAGGAAAUAUGGUUUAUUCUACAUGCACAAGUUCAUGCCCACCAAGAUGUUCUAUCGAAAAUGGAAAACCUCAACCUUGUGUCUUCAAAUGUAAUGCUCCAGGAUGUGAAUGUCUACCACCAUUUGCUCUUGAUAA